GCCAAAACUGGAAGUUAACUCACCUAAACGAAAAAGAGCAAGAUGUCUGCCGACGACGUGGAUGAUUUUAUUCGACAAAACCGAGCCGUUGCCAAGCAAGUGGAGACACACCGAGGACAUUGGGAGAGCAAUAAGCAUUGGGAGCCACGGAGGGAGUUUAUAUUGCAGAACCUAGAGCAAUAUGAAGACAACCAGCUGGACCACCUGCUUGCUAUGUCCAUGGUGUGGGCCAACAAUGUCUUCCUCGGCUGCCGGUACAACAAAGAGCUCCUGGAAAAGGUGAAGGAAAUGGCGGAAGGCAUCGAGGUGGAGGAUGCACCGGUUUUCAAGUCAAGGGAUGAGAUAAUGAAGCAGCAACAGGGCCGAUGACUUGCUUUCUUCUGCUUUUUGGAACAUACAGUGAUACUGUCUGGAUUCGGAGUGUGAAUCUUUGGGCAUCGCCCAAUUUGAUCCAAUUCAAAGCAAUUCUUGCUAGGCUUAUUUGGUAUUAUAGUGAAACUUUUUCAAAACAGGUUAUAGGUUAGAAAAGCUCAUUCUGGCUGCAAGGAGAAAGCUUAAAACGUUUAAAACAUUGAUUAUUGAAAAAAUAGAAUCUAUUUUAGAAUCGAUUUAGAAUCUGAAUGAAGAAUCCCGAUUCGGAUGUAAAUAGAUUUUUUUGUGCACCCGUAGUAUGUCAGCAUUUGAAUUUCUAAUGGGAUGCGGCAAGAACGUCCACUUUUACUUGUGUAUUUUCAAACGGAAUCACGUUUUUAUGACACUUUUGUAACAAAUUCAGAUGAAUUGUAAUCUUGUCAUUAUUGAAAUGUCAUGAUAAUGAAACCUAGUUAAACUUCAGUGCUCAUUUGUUGUCAGGUACACCAGAACCUAUCCCUUUUUUAUACAAGUUCACCAAGUUAUAAUAGUUAUGUUGUAUUGUGAAAAAAUGCAAGUAAAUUCAGUUUGGACAAAAGCCUUACGUCUGAAAAAUGUGUUUUUAUUAUGUUUAUACAGCAUAAGUAUUUAGAGCCACAAAAUGUAACACAUCCCUUCUGCUUAUGAGGAGAAAUAAAUCCUUUGCCACAUGA